AAUAAUAUUUAGACACGUAAGUGUACUACUAACAGCAUGACGUUUUGAUAUUCCAAAAGGGAAAAACACGGCGGGUAAAAGGAUUAAACGGCAUGCAUUCGUGUGGGCUGUUGAAAGCGAGGGAUUAUCAAUUAAUUAAAAACAAAUUAAUACAUGUAAUAAAACUCAUCUCCUAUGUCCUCUCACUCUCUCUCUAUCCAAAGAAUUAAAAAACAAACAAAGCCAUAAAAAAAAAAAAGACAAAGACAAAUUCCAGAAAAAACGACGCAGAAUCGUCGUCGUUGUCUUCGUCUUUGCUUUUCGCCGGAAUCUUUUGUUUCUUGAAUCGGAAUAUCCUCUGUUUAUUUUUUAUCCGGACUCAAGAUCAAUUAAUUUAUUGAUCUGAUUCUUGAAUUUAUUUGAUUUUUAUUGUUGUUGAAAAGUGGAUUCUUUGGUUUCGAUUUAUAAUAGUUUUUGUGGAAAAAAAUGGAUUCUGAUUCUUGGAGUGAUCGUCUCGCAUCGGCUUCAAGGAGAUAUCAGCUCGAUUUCUUGUCUCGAUCUGACAAUUUCCUGGGGUUUGAGGAGAUAGAAGGAGAAGAUGACUUCAGAGAGGAGUAUGCUUGUCCGUUCUGCUCGGACUAUUUUGAUAUCGUGUCUCUAUGCUGCCACAUUGAUGAAGAUCAUCCUGUGGACGGAAAAAAUGGGGUGUGUCCCGUUUGUGCGGUGAAAGUGAGCUCUGAUAUGAUUGCUCAUAUAACCCUACAACAUGCAAAUAUGUUCAAGGUGACGCGAAAAAGGAAAUCAAGAAGAGGCGGGGCUCAAUCCAUGCUAUCGAUCUUGAAGAGAGAGUUUCCUGAUGGAAAUUUUCAGAGCCUAUUUGAAGGAACAUCGCGUGCUGUAUCCUCUUCUUCUGCCAGUAUAGCUGCUGAUCCGUUGCUGUCUUCGUUCAUUUCACCAAUGACUGAUGACUUUUUCAUUUCUGAGUCAAGUCUAUCUGCAGAAACAAGUUCUGCCAAGAAAACAUUGCCUGAAAGGAAUGUUGAAAAGCAGUCACUUUCAGCAGAGGAUCACAGAGAAAAGUUGAAACAGAGCGAGUUUGUUCAAGGGAUUUUGAGCUCUAUGAUUCUUGAAGACGGCUUAUAAAGGAGAAAUAAUCCGGUAACUUCUCUACGAUUAGAUCAUUCAACGAUUGGAAAAUGUAACGGCUUUGUUGUGUUAUCACAACAAGUGAAUUGGGAAAGGGUUUGGGAAUAAGCAGAAUAAUGUAAAAGAGAGACAUGAUAAUGAGUAUUAUUAACUUAUGAACACAUAUUUGCUCUAAUGAACACUCGAACUGUCUGUAGACUUAUAGGUCUUAGAAAAACCAAAAAAAAUGUAUGUAUUUGAUCAUAUAUUUGCAACGACUUUUCUGUUCUUA